UCAUCAUAUGCUAUCACAUUCUGUCUGCCUCCCAUCCCAUGUUUUCAACUUGCAUGUGUGGUUUGAAUGUGAAAGAAUUUGUGUGUGGUGUGUUCUGGAGUUUGGGAAUGUGUUCUGUGUUAUUUUUGUUUGAGCAGAAUUUCGGAUAUAUAUUUUGAGUAAUUCUAGCUCCUAAGUUCACCUAGACUCCGUCCUUAAUUCUAACAAGUGGUAUCAGAGCUGUAUUAAGGACGUUGAGAGGAGUCUACAGAAGUGUGAAGACCCUUCUAGACCCACCAUGGCCUGUGGGUGUGCCUAAGUGGUGUUCUAAAGGUUGGAUGUGUCUUCCGCUAAGGGAAACUCUGCCGAAAUUUCGUGGACGCCGACACUUGUGAAAAUAUCGAGGGAGCUGAGUGCACAAGGUGAAGGUGCACAAGGUAACGCCUAUCCUGGGAUGUAUCUCAUGGUUGAGGAUGUGCAUGGGCAUGAGGGUGAUGUGGGAUCUGUCGGAAAGGUUGUGAUGCACCCUCUCAUGCACUGGGUGAUUGAUUCGGGUUGCACCAGUCACAUGACUCCACGGGCAGAUUUGCUUGAUGAGGUAAAACCCCCUGGGAAGAUCAAGUAUGUGGCAGCAGCGUCAGGUGCUUUGCUCCCUGUCAUUGGUGUUGGGAAUGCCAAGGUUAAGGGAGCAAAUGGGGAGCUUGUGGGGCUUGGGAAUGUUCUGCUGGUUGAAGGCUUGUCUGCUAACCUUCUCUCUGUGCGACGACUGCAGAAGAGCAAGGCCGAAGUGACAUUUGGACCAACCAGCUGCCGUGCUAAGCUUGGGAAGAAGGUGCUGUGGAGUUUGGAAGAGGAGACCAGCUGCAUCAAGGACCUGUGGCAGCUGCCCAUCAUCCCAUGGAAUGGGAAGACUCCAACAGCAGCAACGGCAGCAGCGGCAAAGGCAACAGCAGGAGGAGAUGCAACUGCACCAACUGAUGGGGUCCUGGAAGCAGUCAAGAAAGUGCAGCAGCAGCAGACACAUGGUCAAAGUUGAGGUUCCUAUAGGGAGGGAAUCUUUGUGCUUAUGGGGUUUCCUUGGUUGGGGACUCUCUUGGGACCUUCCCUCUCGUCCCUCUCUUUCUAUCCCAACCUUUCUCUUGCUCCUCAAAUUCCUUGUGAGAUUCUUGAACUU